AUGCAUCUGAUGGGAUUUGUCAGAGAUAUUGCCGCUCGAAUUGGUUCUCAUGUUCGCCAUUAUCUCAAAUCAGCCAUCAACAAUACCCUCGCUUAUGGGAUUGGCUCCAAAACAGUUGAAGCUCUCCUCAAGCCUACUUCUUCUGUUCCAACAAAGAAUGCCUUUAUAGAGCGACUGGGCAACAACUUUGAGCUUCAUCAAAUGUUUGUGGUGGACUUCAUGCACGAGUUUGAGCUUGGGGUCUGGAAGAAUAUAUUCACGCAUCUUAUCCGUCUUCUCCAUGUACAGCCAAUGGGCUAUGAGCUUGUUGCUGACUUGAAUUGA